AUGAUAGUUCUCCCUUUCGUUGUAGCUUGCCUUAUUGGCGGCAGCCAGCUGACUUCGGGCGCUGUACUUCGCCCCCGUGAUGGCAAGCCAAAGAACGCGUAUGACAAAGACACCACACAGUACUGUACCUGGUGGCUUGACUACGAUCAGGAUCUAUCCUGCGAUAGUCUUCUCGGGGAUAACUUCAUCACAAUCAAGCAGUUCCGUCGCUGGAAUCCAUCUGUUUCUGAUGGCUGCAAGGGACUGACUAUUGGAAAGUCUUACUGUGUUGAGGCUGCUUUCGAACCUGAGCCUGAGCCUGGGCCAAGUUCGAAGCCGGAGCCCAAGCCCAAGACCACAAAGAAACCCGAACCCUCACCAACUAAAGCAGCAAAUGGAAUCGAGACACCAGCCAACAUUCAACCCGGCAUGGUCAGCAACUGUGAUGACUUCUACCUCGUAAAGCAAGGUGAUGGCUGUGCUGCUAUCGCCUCAAAACAUGGCAUCACACUAUCUCAGUUUACUACUUGGAACAGUAAGGUUGGGCCUAAUUGUUCUGGGCUAUGGGCCGACUCUUACGCAUGUAUUUCCGUCAUCGGCCACAGUCCUGCUCCAACAAAGCCCACGACUACGAAAGCCACAGCUACGAAUGGGGUCGAAAUUCCUUCACCACUUCAAAAAGGCAUCGCAAAGAACUGCAACAAAUUCCACUUAGUCAAGACAACGACGAGUUGUAAGUCCAUUGAAGACUAUUACCAUCUCCCCCUUUCAGAUUUCUACAAAUGGAAUCCCUCGGUUGGUACCGACUGUCGAUCUCUAAUAGCUGGCUACCAUGUCUGCGUCAGUGUCGUCGGCUGGAAGCCACCUACUCCUACCCAGACUACGAAGGGUAACGGUAUCCCUACGCCCACUCCUAUCCAAGAUAAGAUGGUCAACAACUGUAACAAGUUCCACACGGUAAAAGCAACGACCACCUGCAAGUCAAUCGAGACAUAUUAUAACCUCCCCUUGUCUACCUUUUAUAAGUGGAACCCCUCCGUUGGUACAGAUUGCAGAUCUCUCCUUGUUGGAUAUAAUGUCUGUGUCAGUGUCGUCGGCUGGAAGCCACCUACGCCAACAAAGCCUGCUAAAUCCAGUGGUACCCCCUCGCCUAUACAGGCAGGUAUGGUUAAGAACUGCAAGAAGUUUCAUCUUGUCAAGAAGACCAUGACUUGUGACUCUAUUCAGAAGUCCUACAAGAUUACUAUGGCAAAUCUCUUGAAUUGGAAUCCUGCCAUUGGAUCGAAGUGCACAAGCUUGUGGGCAGACUAUUAUGUAUGCGUUGGUGUAUGA